GGGGGCAGGAAGGCAGGCUCUUAACCCAGCAGCAGGGCUAACCUCAGCGUCUCCUCCGUGGUGUUGUUGCGGCUGCUGACUCUCCUCCUCCCUGCCUUCUGUUAUAGUUUUCUGCCAUUGGUUGCCUCUGUGAGUUUAGGCUGGAAAGCACUGUAAUUAGGACCCUGGCGGACACAGAUCCCGUUUCCUGGGCAAGCAGAUUAGGAAGAAAGGACAAAAAAAACAAAACCCAACCAAAACACACGCCCAGACAGCAACGCCCACCACCAUUACCCUUUCUCAAACACAGCAUAGCUGCUUUUUUUUUUUUUUUAUGUCGGUUUCGCUUCCCACUGCACAAACUUUCCAUCGCAGGCUGCGCCAGAAUUCUUGUUGCCAAGGCAGGUGGAGCGUGCUGGGGAAAAGCUGUUGCUCGCUGCCUGAGAGCCGGGCAAGGCAGCGUCGAGAAGCGGCGGGGGAGGGAGGACACCCGCGUAAUUAGCUGCCGCCGCCGCCGCCACUUGCCAAGCGAAGCAAAACCGGGCUCAAGUUCAUCAACGCUCCGUCGCAGGGAGAAGCCGAACCCGGCGGGGGAAAGCUGCAGCAACCCGAGCCGAGCUGCUCUUUGACCUUGGGGAGCAGUGCCAAUCAACCUUGGAACCUCACCUUGCUCCUUUGUAAUGCCAGGUCAGACCAGAACAAAUCAGAAACCAUUCAUGUUUUGAUUCUGGAUGAAGGCGUCGACCUGCAUCUUCCACCUAUCACAGACGGUCUUUUCUGGCACCCUCUUUCAGCGGAUGUCCCUACCAAGCCCUUCAUGGUCCCAGAAAGAGACGGCUCCAUGCACUGGAACUCUAGCUGCCCUCCUGCCAGCGUCCUCUUCAGACAGUGAUUCUGGCUGCGCCCUGGAAGAUUAUUCAGGACCAACCACAGAAAUCCCACCGGCAGAAGUAGGGAAUCAACACUGCUUUCUGAUAUGUGCAUUACCACACUUUGGUUCUUACCCAUCAGAUGCAGGCCCUUCUGCCGUUCAGACCUGGCUCCGUGUCAAAACUCUCCUUCAGCAGCUGCCCCCACAAGACUGCGAUGAGAGAUACUGCCAAUCCAUUGGAGAAGAGGAGAGAAAGCAACUGCGAACAUUUGCUGUACGUCGGUGGCAGGAAUCACUGGGACAGGGCAUCAUGUGUCUGGUGCCCUCCACACUUCAUGGGUUCUUCUGCAAAAAGUGCGGCAAAAGGAUGAACAGCAAUGAGCGGGGUGUAUUUGCACCCAAGCUGGGAGAGGAGUGCUGCUGGCAUCCUGCCUGCUUUGUCUGUCGCACCUGUCACCAGUCCCUAGUGGAUCUCAUCUACUUCCAUCAGAACGGGAAGAUCUACUGUGGGCGACACCAUGCAGAAUUCUUCCGCCCACGCUGUGCAUCAUGUGAUCAGCUGAUCUUCACAUCCGAGUGCAUGGAGGCUGAAGGCAUGCGCUGGCAUGAAGAACACUUCUGCUGCCUGGAGUGCGAUUUACCCCUGGGGGCACGGCGGUAUGUCAUGAAGGGUGGCCAACCCUGCUGCUGUGCUUGCUUUGAGAGUCUUUACGCAGACAUCUGUCAAGCCUGUGGCGAGAUCAUUGGUGUUGACAGUGAGCAGGCCACCCUCCAAGGUCAACACUGGCAUGCCAAAGCCGCUUGUUUCUGCUGUAGUCUUUGUCAAAAAGCACUGCUAGGCCAGUUGGUCACAAUCCAUAAUGGCCGCCUCUUCUGCUCAGAGGUCUGUAGCUUGGAGAAGGAAUCAGCCUUGUCUUCUACGGGCUCAGAUUCCUCAGACUCUGCUUUCAUCUCUGCUCCAUCUCCUGACUCCACACCCACCUCCAGAACAAGGAUUAUCAGCCCAAGCUGCUCCUCUACAGGGGCAAGAACCAACAGUGAUGCCUGUGAGCAAAGAGCAGAAGCAGAUGCAAUGGAAAGAUUCCACACAACUGGGAAUUCCUCAUUGUGUACUGAGAUCAGCAACCAGGAGGAAAAGGAAGUUUGCAGGAACAGAGCAAUCUCUCCACAACUUAAUAAACUUGGGCUGUUAGCAGAUUCCUCUCAAGAGGACAAAGGAGCCUCUGGCCCACAUCCCCUAGAAGCAGACCAGAGCACUUUUGGCAUGAACAAACACCAAAUCAUAGGCACUAGCCUCCAGAAAACAUCUCAGCAACAAGUUGGAGACCACUGCUUCAGUAGUCUCUCUGCAACCCCAAAUACACCAGUGUUAACCAUGAACUUUCCAGAGAGACUAUACAAAGGUGGCACUGGUGAGCAGGAACCUACAGCAGAACAAGAUGACAACUGGUGCCCUACUUGCUCAUCCUCUUCAGAUUCCGACUCUGAGCCAGAAGGCUUCUUCUUUGGGAAACCGAUUCCAAAACCUGGGUCUAGAUGCAUCACUCCCCACAGCUUGGAGCAGCAGACAGUCAGGGCACGGGCAAGCAGCAAACAGUGCAACGUCUCUUAGCAUGAGGUAGCUCCCAGACACCUGGAAAGAAUGGAGCAAAAGAUGGGGAGGGGGAGGAAAGAAGAAGGGGUAGUCUCGCAGAUGGACAGACUUCUUAUGUAGCAAGGCAGGAGGAAAAGCCAUCUCCCUAUGCAUGCAAAGCAAGAGACUCUGGAAGAGUGCUAUUCUUUCUUUUAUCAGAUUUGAGAAACAGGACUUAGAUGCAGCAUGCACUUCCCCAGUUGUCCUUCAGAGGCUUUGGAAACAGCUUUUCCUCUCUUUUCAGUGCCUGCAAGUUGCUGCUCUUGUUUUUUGGUGUGUAACUAAAUUCUAGGUUAGCCUUUUUGCACCAAGACGUUCUCUUUCUGCAAUGCCCCUUUUAAAACAGGCAGAAGCAGAGGAGAGAAAAGCUCAUGGAUGUUUGCCACACACACACUAAUCAAGAGGGGAAGGGAUGAACAGGCCCACCCUUUUCUGAAGGCUGCAGCUUUAGCUUGUCUUCUGGACCCAGCAUUUUCUGUGAAGUGUAGAAAGCAGGAGGCGCAAACAGCCGUCAGUUUUGGCGCCCACCUUGGAAGUUUUGUGGGGAACGGGUUUGAAGGUCCUACAGCUUGUCCUUGCAACUGGACAUUCUCUGCUGCUCCCUGCCGGCAGCAGUGAGCAUAAUUUAAUAGCCUGAAAUCGGUGAUACUGAAGUCUACCAGGAAAUAUUGGAGGCAAAUAUAAUUCUAGAGUCAGGUUCCUUAAACCUUCUUUUCUGGUGUUACUGUUGAUUUAUAGAUCUGUCUGUGACAGAUAAAUGCCUUAAGUCAUGCAACCUUCUGUUUGCAUUCCAAGCCGCAUUAAGCACCCCUCCCCCAAGAUCCUAACGCAGUUAGAAUAGCACAAGCUCUGCUCUACUCUGAACAUCUUCAAUGGGAUGAGCAUAUGACAACUCCAAGCAUUUAUCUAGCAAUAGUGUGCCAGUGGACAAGGCACAAGGCCCUUAUGGCAUUAGAAGGGGAAGGACUAUAACUCCGUGGAAGUGUAUUGUGUGCAGAAGGUCCCAGGUUCAAUGCCUGGCUACCAGUAUUAAGCUAGAUGAACUAAUGGACUGACUCUGUAUAAGGCAACUUUCCAUGUAACUUAAGUAAAGAGAGCAGCCUGCUGCUUCACAAACAAAUACCACAGAGAAAAUAAUUUCAAACUUGCAGCAUAAAUGAAAAGAUUGCAGCUAAAACAUUUCACCAGAUAUUUCCUAGAACAAGCAAGUCAGCAAAGCCAAGUAAGUAAGAUGUUCUUCAGUAAACACAAAACAAUCUCCAGGAAGAUUUGUGCACAACAGACCCAAGCCCUCUUCAGAUGUUCAUGAACAUAUGUAGGGCAAGGUGAGAGCAAGCUCUACUCCUCCAUGCCGCAGAUCUGUACAGUUCCAUGCACUCAUCCACUGAAUGCAGAAACUCCAACUGCACUUCUGAAAGCUGUUACGGUAGUGCAAAGAAUAGGAGGCAAUCAACUCGCCUGUAGGUCAUUCUCCACAUUCUGCAUAAACUCCAAGGCCCCUAGGAUUCUUCUUGCUUACUACCAUCUCAGUAUCCCAACUCAGGUACAUCCAAAAGGUGCAGAAAUUAGCUCUGCUUUAAUCUCCUGAUUUGAAUGUUUGACUUGGGCAAUCUUAACAAGAUGCUUUAACAUGUUGUACAAUUAUUGAUCUUGUCUGAGCAAUGAUAGUACAGGGAAAGUACUCAAUUAAAGGCAGCUCAAAGAAA